AUGGCAUGUGUUGGAAGUGAUCAUAUCCUCACUGGUGGAGACCAGAUUCUGCUAACAGAAAAGGAGACAGAAGGUUAUUGGGGACCAGGAGUAUUUUUAACUACCGGUAACAAUUGUGCUCCCUGGUCAUUAACACAAAGGGCUGCCUAUUGGGCAGGUGGUCUCAACCCUUUAGAAAGGGGAGACCCUCUUGCCGUUAUUGGAACAACUGAUCAAUUAGUAGAGAGUGUUCAAUAGGCUGCUUGUCUCCAAAUGAUGUAUGAUAGAAAGCUGCAGCUACACCAUGAGUCACCUAUGAUGAUGCCUGUUGAUUCUGAGAGAAUGACUGCUUUAAUUAGGGGGCUUCCAGAGUCGUUAAAACCUAUAGGUAUUCAACUGCAAGGAAAAAUAGAGGCUGUGUCUCAGGGAGAGAGAACCCGGCCAGUGUUAGAAGGAACUGUAACCCCCAACCAUCUGCAGUCAGGAAACAAAGUAUGGACGUGGGGGGAGGUUGCCCAAGUGUUAAUUAACUAUGGAAGAAAAUAUGGGCCAGUGAUUUCUUCCUCCACUAAAUUUGAUCCAAGUGAAGUAAGACUUGCAGCAGUCAGCCUUGCCCCCAGGCCACCAAAGCUCAAUGGGACUGGAAGUGUCUCAUUGUCAGUAAAAACAGGUAGGAGAAAUAUUGAUCAUAAACAUAAUUGUCUCUGGUUACUGUGCUGGCACAAUGGCGUUCCACGAGAUCUGAUGAAUGGAUUACCCACUGUCAGGUUAGUUAACUGGUGGCCAGAACAAAAGCUCCAGAAUCUUGAGGAAAGCAAAAGCCCAGGUCCUAGGGUCUCUCCCAGGGAACUUGAAUGGCUAUCCAAGCCAUUAGAAAACUGAUGUCUUCGCCCCUCCCAAGUGAGCGGGGUGGGGGCAGUAAAGUGUGGAUGCAUUAGAAAACUCACAACAAAAGGAAACAAGAUCCUCCAUUUGACACCUUCUGUCCAAAGGCCUCACCACUCUUGCCAGUUAUCCCUGUGAGUCAGGAUCCAGUGGCUGAUAAGCCAGGGAAACACUCUUACCUCCCUAGCCAGACUGUGUCGAUUGACUCAGCUUACCUGAGGCUGGUUUCCCUAACCUUAACAGGAUCCCUUAACAAAUAUGCUUGGAAGGCUAAAGACAUCCCGAAAAAGGAAUAUGAAAUCAACACUUGCUGGAUUGUUCCCUCAUUUUUUAACCAUAUUAACAAAGCCCAAAACGGGCAAGUCGGUGUCUUGUUUUAUUUCACAGAAGAUCCCUAUGGGACCUUGACAGAACACAAAAAGGCUAAUAGCUGAUUUUAACAAUUUAUAUUUUGUGACAGAACUACUGAAGAUUUGAUCAUGCUAAAACACUGAAUGUACCUCUUGAUUACAUUUUUUGGUUGCAAUAGUGUUAUGUUUUGUGUUGUUAUGGAUCUGGGUGGUGAUUGAUAUCAGUCCUUGGAUCUGUUAAACUUCACAACUGGGUUCAGGGUUUUUU